AUGACCAUCCUCUCAUCCUCCGGACAGUCAGACUCAGCGGACGCCGCCGCUAUCACCGCAGGAGGCUCAACAAAUCACAUCGAGGAUAAACCGUACCACUCAAAACGGCCUCACAAAAAGUCCCGGACGGGAUGUAAGAACUGCAAAACACGCAAGGUGAAGUGCGAUGAGGCUCGUCCAACAUGUCGUAACUGCUUGCUCCGCAAGGCCAAUUGCAACUACCCCGGACCGUCCCACUCUCACCCCGACCGCCACCCACCGGGAUCGCCAUCGGGCUCCUCCGCCGGGACCUUCUCCCCGGCCCGCUCGCGGUCUCACACGCCGCCGCACCACCGCAACAAUCACAACCACCACGCGGCCGGCAGCGGCGGCGGCGGCGAGGACGACGACGCUAACGCCCUCGUCAUCAAAGAACCGCUCUACAUCCCCGCCGGCGACAGGGAUGCCAUUGACAUGAAGCUCCUCUGGUUCUACACCACAAACACCUUCACGUCCUUCGCCACGCAGGCCGGCAGGGUAAAGCGCAUCGACGACAUCCUCAAAGUCAAGAUCCCAAGCCACGCCUUCCAGAGCCCCUUCCUCAUGGACUGCCUCCUCGGCACCUCCGCCCUCCAGCUCCAGCACCUCAAACAAGACAUCGCCCCCUCCCGCGCCCUCCGCUACCGCGCACGCGCCUUCGAGGGCUACCGUAAGGCCAUCGAGGAAGGCAAACCGGAAACUUUCCCGGCCCUCAUCGCGACGUCCUUGCUGCUCACCGCCUUAUCGUCGCAAAUGUUCCGCGAAGAGGGGACAAAGGACCUCUACAUCAUCGACUGGAUGGUCGUCUGGCGCGGCAUCGGCCUCAUGAUCGACAUGGCUACGCCGCAGACCCUCUGGGAUUCCGGGCUCGCGGAGCUCUUCAUGCGCCCGCCCAUCAACCUCGACGAGGCUGCCAAGCAUAUCCCCAAUAACCUGCUCUUCAUGGUCUCCUCCAUCCAGCCCGGCGACCCGGACUACGACGAUAUCUCGACGUACUACGACACGCUGAAGUACCUCGGCUCCCUCUACGCCGAGCUCGUCAACGGGUUUGGGCCCAUCAUGACCCUGCGUGUCGUGACGUGGUUCACUUUCAUUCCGAAGGGCUUCGUCGAGCUCGGGCGGGAAAAGAGGCCCCGCGCGCUUGUUAUUUUGGCUCAUUAUCUCAUGUUUAUGAAGGCGACGCAGAAUCUGUGGUGGAUCGAGGGUAUUGGCGACCGUGAAAUCGCGGGGAUUGUGAACUACUUGGGCGAAGGAUGGUAUGAGCAGCUUGCCACGCCACGUCUGGCUUUGCUGCUAGACGACCGUACUGAUAUCGCGCGGCUGAUUCUGGGUGAUCCGGACUGGGAGUCGCCUAUUGACUUUUACAAUGCCCCGACGCGGGAUCCACGGACGGAGUUGCUCACUUGGGUCGAUGAUCACGGCAAGCGGUAUAAGGGCAUGCCGCAACGUGUAGGGGACUUACAUCCCGCGGAUCCGGCACCACGGACGCUACCCUGGGAGAGGGACGGUUUUCAUCAUGAUCCGAUGAUGCUCAGCCCCGCGGGGCGGCGGUAUGCUGAGAGGGUGCUAGAGGCGAUCGACUCGGGAGUGCAGGACAUGGAUAACUAUCUUGACCCUGACAAUUCAGACAUUCAAUACAAGCGCAAGCAAGAAUGGGUCAAGGCCUUGUGA